AUAAAUACAUUAAUUUUUAUAUUUUAGACCAUCUGAAAUUACACUAAAUAAGUAAUGAUGUUUUAUUCUACUGUGAAUAAUCAGAAUACAGUAAAUUGGAGAAAUAAUUUGGAUGAUAUAUCCGAUCAUGAUGAUGAUUUGGAUAAUGAAUUGCCUCUUUCAUCAAUAUCAGAUUUUGGGCACCCAAUUGGUAAUAUUUCAACUAUAAAAAGUUACGUUAAUAAAUGUAAAUCUGUUGACCAUCAAACAAAAGGAAAAAUUAAACAGGAUAACAAAUUACCUCAUCCGUCAAUAACAGAUUUUGGGCACCCAAUUGGUAAUAUUUCAACUAUAAAAAGUUACGUUAAUAAAUGUAAAUCUGUUGACCAUCAAACAAAAGGAAAAAUUAAACAGGAUAACAAAUUACCUCAUCCGUCAAUAACAGAUUCUGUACACUCAUUUAAUGACCAUAAAAAAAUAAAACAUGUAUUUAAAAAAUAUGAAACAGUUGACCAUCAAAUUGAACUGGACAUUUAUCAGUAUAAUGAACUACCUCUUUCAUCAAUAGCAGAUUUCUUGCCUCCAAUUGAUCAUAAGCUUCAAAAUAGUGAAUUACAAAAAUGUGGAACUGUUGAUUACCAAACAGAAGAAAAUAAUAACAAAAAAGACAAAUCAACUCUUUCAUCAAUCGUACAUUUCCUGCAUCCGUUUGAUGACAAAUUCAUAAAAUGUGAGGCUGUUGAUAACCAAUCAAAAGAAAACAUUAAUCAUUACAACAAAUCUGAACCAAAUAGAUUAAUAUGCAAUAAUGAACAGAGUACAACUAUUGUAGAUGAUCCAUUAGAUAAAUAUGAGUGUGAUAUUUGCGGUAAAAUCUUUCCUAAGCGUGCUGAUAUAAUUCAACAUUUUAAAACUUCAUUGUGCUUUCCAGAAAUUAUAUGUAAGUAUAUUUGA